AUGGGCUCCUCGUCGUCGCUGCCAUCGCCAGCAGCUACUGGCCGUCCUCGCUCUCCUGCUGCUCCGCUCCCACUCCCGCAGCUGCAGGCCAGCCGUCCCCUGAAGCCGCCGUACUCCGUGGAGAGCAUCUUCAGGACCUUCGCCAUCCGUCGCGCUGCCCUCAUCCGCGCCCUCACCACAGAUGUGGAGGCCUUCUUUCAGAAAUGUGAGCCAGCUGGUAUGCAACUCCUGUACCUGUGUGGCAACACGGAUGGGAGCUGGGAGGUGAAGCGACCUGAGUUGUGUGUGCCACCAUCGCAGCCUCCUCCACCACUCGGCAUCAAUAUAUCAAGGGACUACACGAAGAAACGGCACGAGUGGCUCCAAGGAGUUGCUGUGCACUGUGAUGCAUGGCUCAUCAACAUUUCCUUCUUCUUUGGUUUACAUUUGACAGCUAAAGAACGGUAA